AUGGCGACCGAAAGGAUAUCAGUCUACAGUCUCGCAGGCAAGCGAUCCCAAAUCCCCAUCUCUCGAAAAGAACUUCCUGGAGACCUAACAGAUCUCAAUGCAGACCUUAAAAACACCACCGAUGAUGCCAUCCCAAACUACCUCAACUCCCUCAAAAUUAAACAAGUCCACACAACCACCGACGUCCGCCUCGCCCUCGGCACCUCCGCCUUCCUCAUCGCGGCCGCCUGCUUCGGAUGGGACUACAAGUUCGGCUUCGAGAGCACAAAGUACCUGACGGCCGGCGCCGUGGUCCUCUACAUGAUUCUUAAUGGCGCCAUGACGUUGUGGAUUUGGUAUGUUGAGAAGGGCUUGGUAUACGAGGGCGUUGCUCCCUCCGGCGACAAGAUUCGCAUCGCAUCCUCCACAAAACCCUACACCCCAACAUACAACCUAACCAUAACACAAACCCCCAAAUCCGCCCCCUCGAAACCCCAAACCCUAAAAGUCUCCCGCCCCUUCUCCGACUGGUUCGACGAACAAGGCCGCUUCGUAACCGUCCCCUUCCAGCAAAUGAUCGCCACCUCCGUACCCCUCGUCGCCGCCCUCGAUCCCAAACGCGCCGCCAAGCCCGACGAGGUCAGCCUUGACACAGCGUCGCCCGAGGUUCUGGACGCCAUCUUGGCUGCUUCUGGGAGCGCAUCAGCUGUGGGGAGCUCUUCGGCGGCGGAGAAGACUGUUCCUAAGUCUUCGAGGCGGAGGAAGGCUUAG